GGUGAGAUUUUUCGAUCUACUUUUGUGGGAGCCGCAGCGGCAGGAACCUGCUUGUGUUGCUAACAGAGGAGAAGAGUAGAGAGCAGCCAAAACCAUGAGACCGCUAAUACUAGGAGUGCUGGGCUGUUCCCUGGUCCUGAGUGUCCAAGCCUUUUACUCUGCCAGUGAUGAUGUUAUUGAGCUCACCCCCUCAAACUUUAACAGAGAGGUGAUCCAGAGUGACAGUCUGUGGCUGGUGGAGUUUUACGCUCCUUGGUGUGGCCACUGUCAGAGUCUGACUCCGGAGUGGAAGAAGGCGGCUACAGCCCUCAAGGGUAUCGUGAAGGUUGGUGCUGUAGAUGCAGACCAGCACAAGUCACUGGGAGGUCAGUAUGGAGUCAGAGGAUUCCCCACAAUCAAGAUCUUUGGAGCCAAUAAGAACAAGCCAGAGGAGUAUCAGGGCGGCCGCAGUAGCCAGGCCAUCACAGACGGAGCCUUGAACGCUGUACGCUCUAUGGUAAAAGAUCGACUGAGCGGCAAGUCUGGCAGCUCCGGCUACAGCAAGCAGCAGAGCGGUGGCAGCAGCGGCGGCGGCAGUAAGAAGGAUGUGGUCGAACUUACUGAUGACAACUUUGACAAGAUGGUGCUGGAGAGCGACGAUGUGUGGAUGGUGGAGUUCUUCGCCCCCUGGUGUGGACACUGCAAAAACCUGGAGCCUGAGUGGGCAGCUGCAGCCACAGCUGUCAAGGAGCAGACCAAGGGCAGAGUUCGCCUCGGAGCUGUGGAUGCUACUGUACACCAGGGGGUGUCCAGCCGCUACGGGAUCCGUGGAUUUCCCACCAUCAAAAUUUUCCGUAAAGGUGAAGAGCCUGAAGAUUACCAAGGAGGCCGCUCCCGGAGCGACAUCAUUGAGAGAGCUUUGGAUCUGUUCUCUGAUAACGCCGCUCCUCCUGAACUAGUGGAGAUCCUCAAUGAAGACAGCUUGAAGAAGACAUGUGAGGACAGUCAGCUGUGUAUAAUUGCCGUCCUGCCACAUAUCCUGGACACAGGUGCAUCAGGCAGAAAUGGCUACCUGGAGGUGAUGAUGAACAUGGCUGAGAAGUACAAGAAGAAGAUGUGGGGCUGGUUGUGGACUGAGGCUGGAGCUCAGAUGGAGCUGGAGGCUGCCCUGGGUAUCGGUGGAUUCGGUUACCCCGCCAUGGCCGCCAUCAACACACGAAAGAUGAAGUUUGCUCUGCUCAGGGGCUCCUUCAGUGACACUGGCAUUCAUGAGUUCCUCAGGGAGCUCUCUGUGGGACGGGGUUCAACUCAGACACUGGGGGGCGGGGCUAUGCCAAAGAUUCAAGCUGUUGAGCCCUGGGAUGGCAAAGAUGGACAGCUCCCCGUUGAGGAGGAGUAUGACCUGAGUGAUGUAGACCUGGACGAUGACUACAACAAGGAUGAGUUAUGAGCCCAAACAGGGCAGGAUUUGAUCCAGACUAGCUCGGUUUGAACCGGUCUGGUCCGAUCCUGCGCGACCCGCCUCCUCUCUCCUGUGGACGAAUGGGAGGCCUGGCCGCCCUGGUUACUGAAAUACUCCAGAAGACACAUGAGAGACACCUGCGGUUUCUCACAUCAUCUUUGUCUGUCACACGUGGGAGGAACAGGACGGAGGGGGCUGCGAGUGUCCCCGCGGUGAACCCUGCCUCUUGUAACUGCUGAACAUCAGACGCUGCAGCUGAGGAGAGGAGGGAAGAGGUUCUGAAUGUGGCUUUAUUAGUUUUCCAUUCAAGUCUUUUUCAAAUGUUGCUCCCCUCUCCCCUCUUCAGCACCUAUUUUAAGAUGUGGACUUGUCAAAGUAACACUUUAAUGUCCGACCCAAUGUGACUCUAUAACCUUUCUUUUUUAAAACGAGUGAAUCUAUGUGGGUUUGCAUCAUUUUGUCCAGGAUCAGGGGGAAACUGUGGGACUUCUUGUGUAGAUUUUUCUUACACGACUUUAUUUCAAUUGUGUGAAAACAAAAUGACAUUUUUGUUACAAAAAUAAAAAGGAAUAAAAACGA